ACUUAUCAAACAAGAAGGGGAAGGGGAGAAGUUGCUUCCCCACAUCAGUGAAGGAAACAUAUCCCCAUCUCUCGCCGACGGACGAAGCCUGCCAUUGACAUUUGCGCCCGGCCGCCGUCGGAUCGAUCGCUCCCCCACUUCCUCCCCCCACCGCUCGCCCUCCUCCGACGAAUCCCCCCCAGGCCCCAGCGAUGGGUCUCUUCCGCCGGAUCGCCGGCAUGCUCGGCAUGUCCAGGGACGACGCCGACCACCACGACGCCGUCGCCGCCGCCGCCGGCACCGGCGGAGGCGACGUCCCACAUGAUAAAGUCGCCGCUGCCGCGGCCGCCGCGGCCGCCGCCGGCCACCAGACGAGGCGCGGGUUCAGCGUCCAGGUGCCCGUCCCCGUCGACCGGCCGGCGGCCGGGCCCGUUCUGAUGCCCUGCGCCCCGGGAGACGGUGGCGUGCAGGGUUUUCGGUGGUAUACAAGGAGGCUGCGGAUCGACGAAGAUGGUGAUGUCGCUGAUGAGUUCUUGGAGGAGGUUCUCCCAGAAAGCUUGAUAAAUAAUGACGCAAAUCCAGUUGGAAGGUUUCAAGUGAAAUACAACACGAGACCUACUGCUCUAGCAAUGAGAAAGCAGACAAUCGCCAUUGAUGGUGACAUCCGUCAUAGCCUGGAGUACCAAGGGCAGCUUCAAUGGGUGUGAAGUGUGUAAUGUGAGCCUGAGUUUUAGUGCCUGUCGGAUGUUGCCUCGAGAACUAACGAACACUCCCUGUCGGCCCCCAAGGAGUAAAGGAGUUUGAUCUGGCGCCCCUCUUACUGGAGCCUCUCAGGAGUGGAUCUGGAGUUCAUGGCUAGUGCACCGAUUCUCAGUCCAGUGUGUGUGUGGGAUCAUGCGUUUCUCAUGGUUGAUCAUAUCCCUUGUAUCACUAGUAGUAGCUGUACAUUAUGGAAAAGAGUGACAGAAGCAAAACAAGCUGUUGCUAGAAUUAUUGAAGGGGGAUAUGUACCUGCAAGUAGAGCCACUAAACCCUUGAAGUGACAGACUGGGUUUCUGUGUCAGGGCUCCUUUUUUUUAACCUUUGUGUUCUACUGAUUUCCAAAAUUUACCCAUGCCUGUUACUCAGAAAUUACCCAUGCCUGUUGCUCUUUUCUUUGCCACCUAGCUAGGCUGUGUUUGGCAUAUAGAUGGAUUAUGAUAAUUCAAUUUGCAUAAA